AUGUAUGCCUGUCUGCACAACCUCAACAACGAGCCGAAGAUCGUGGACAUGCUGAGGUUCCUCGUUCAGCAGGGCGCAGAUAUCAACACGAGGAUCCACGACGACGACUCCACGCUGCUGCACCUCCUCUGCGGCCUGGAACAAUACGGCGACCGUCACCACGCUGCACUGACAACCCUGCUCGAACUAGGCGCGGAUGUCACUUUGCGCGAGUCGGACGGUCGUCUCCCUUUCCCAAGGCGCCCUCGACGCGGCGAAUCUGGGUCUCUAGACAGCCUGGGCGCCAUGGGACUGAUCUGCAAGCUGGUCGGAUUUGACGCAUUCCACUGUCUCGAAUUCCUCCUCGAGAUCAGCGGCAGGACGGAAAGCCUGUACGAGGCACCCGUUCCCGACCUUGACACAGCUGUCUUUUUGUUCCUCCUGGACAAUGGGGCCUCUACGGCCUUUGUAUUAGAGUCCGGCGAGGAUCUUCCUUCUACGUUUAGUACGCUGCGCCGAUUCGCACUCGCCGGGCGCCCUCGUUGGGGCACUUCUUCAUGCCAGGUGGACGUCAACGCGACCACCGCGAACGCGAACCUGGAUCUCGACGACGACAACAACACAGGAGGGGGACCCGAAAUACCCCCUAGUGAUCUAUCCGUUUAG